CAAGAGGAAGGCGGCUUCGUGGUAUUUUCCGCUUGGGUUUUAUUGUUUUUCUCAUUAUCAUCGGAAUUCAAAUCUUUGAAUAAACUCUCAAUCAAACUGUGGAUGCGGUCCAAGCUGGAGUCACUCGCCUGUUUGCUUAGAAUAGUAUUAAAGCUAACAGUAUUAAACAGAAGCUUCUUCAUUCCACACGGGUUUGCCUAUAACUUUUUCAAGCCCUACUACUACUCUCCUAUUCAUAUUCUUCCUUGUUUAUCCACGCGUGACUUCAAAUCAAAGCAACAACAACCCACCAGGUAUUAUAAUCGGUUAUUAUUGCUCGUAUAAUGGCUGCCAUUAAUGAAUUGCUGGUAUAAUAACAAAGGGAGACCACCAGGACUCUGUAAAAGUAAAAUAAAUGAAAACGCCUGCAAUUGUACAGGGCCGAGAGAUUUGAGGUUGUCUGUUUUCUGGUUUUCGCCAGGUCUGGUGUUCGAGCCGCACAAAGAUUAAAGAUUGUGAAAAACAGAGACUUGUGUGCUUGGUUUUGAGUUUUGCCCAAUGGAUACCAUGGUUUGCACUAGCCUGAACUACAGGCAGUAUGAAUAUAACCCUGACUGCGGUUCUGAAGGCUUUAUCAUUGACGACCUCCUUGACUUCUCCAACGACGACAUUGGAGCCCCCAUUGAUGAAGAGAACACCUCCGAGGAAACAUCGCCGUCUGCGUCAGUUGACGGGAAUUAUUCACCAGAGAAUGAAAACAACCAGACCGCGAACCAGGACCCUACCGAAGAACUCUGCGUUCCCAUGGACUCCCUGGAAGACCUCGAAUGGCUGUCUAAUUUCGUGGAGGACUCAUUUUCCGUCGGCGGUUUGGGGGAAUUUCCGUCCUGCUACCUGCUGCCGUCUGUUGACGGCAAAAAAGACCAUUACAAGUCGAACGAUGAUGACGAAAGCAAGGCAAAACAACAGACGCAGCAGAAGCAGAACAGUAAUAAUAAUGUUGUAUUUUCGGCAUGCAAAGAUUUAGGCACGCAAUGGAUUCCAGUCCGUGCAAGACGAAGCAAGCGCUGCCGCGCUGGGGGCCGCGUGUGGACAUUUUGUCCUCUGUUACCCAGCCACCCAGGGUUCGAGUCUCAAGCCUCCCUUUUCACCACUUCUGACUCCUCUUCAAACUCAUGCGUCACUUAUUCACGGCCGCCAAAGAAGCAUAAGCCACACCACAACCACAACAUCAACAGCGCUGCAAAGAAACCCCAGGACGCCAACGCAGCUCCGGCGAGACGUUGCAGUCACUGUCAUGUACAAAAAACUCCACAGUGGAGAGCCGGCCCGCUUGGCCCUAAAACUCUCUGUAAUGCCUGCGGUGUGCGGUUCAAAUCCGGAAGACUCCUUCCAGAGUACAGGCCGGCCGUAAGCCCCACUUUUCUGAGCGAUGUUCAUUCCAAUAGCCACAGGAAAGUGCUAGAACUCAGACGGCAAAAGGAACAAGAGGAACCUGAGGAACAAAAGCAAAUUUUUACCUCUGUGCAACAAGAACAAGAUGAACCUAAACAAGAAGUCUUUUUAGCUUAGCAAAACCUAGUUUAAUGGCGGCGGUGUACUUUACCAUUCACGCGGACGCAAAGCUCAGCGCAGAAGAGCAGAACAGGAGAGGAGGGACUGGAAAGAUUUGCAGACUAGACACAACAGAUUUUUUUCUCUGUCACCUGACGGAGAUUUUUUCUUUUAAAUUUUUCUUUUUAAAUUAUUAACUCUGUAACAUGUUAGAUGCAGUUCUUAGGUUAGUUUGGUCAUGAAGAACAGACACACCAUUAACCCCAGUUGGGUUUGGCUGGUAUUGGAUUAAUUUCUGGGAAUGUGAAGGAAAAGGUGGUUUUUUUUUUCAGAA